AUGGGCCAAAGGUUGAUUCCUUUUGAGACAGUCUCAGAAUGGGCCAAAGGUUCAUUCCUUUUCAGACAGUCUCAGAAUGGGCCUCUGAAAAGCCCUGAGAACAGUUCUGACAGCCCUGAGAUCCCUCAGUCACGAGUGGUAACACGUACCUGCGCUUAUUCAAAUUUCAAUAGUACAUGGAUUACGAAAUCAAUUAGAAUCGACACGGCUGAACGUACAGGGUUGAUUCCUUUUGGGACAGUCUCAGAAUGGGCCAAAGUAGGGUUGAUUCCUUUUGAGACAGUCUCAGAAUGGGCCAAAGUAGGGUUGAUUCCUUUUGAGACAGUCUCAGAAUGGACCAAAGGUUCAUUCCUUUUGAGACAGUCUCAGAAUGGGCCAAAAACCGGCACGGCUGAACGUACAGGGUUGAUUCCUUUUGAGACAGUCUCAGAAUGGGCCAAAGUAGGGUUGAUUCCUUUUGAGACAGUCUCAGAAUGGGCCAAAGGUUCAUUCCUUUUGAGACAGUCUCAGAAUGGGCCAAAGGUUGAUUCCUUUUCAGACAGUCUCAGAAUGCCUCUGAAAAGCCCUGAGAACAGUUCUGACAGCCCUGAGAUCCCUCAGUCACGAGUGGUAACACGUACCUGCGCUUAUUCAAAUUUCAAUAGGUUGAUUCCUUUUGGGACAGUCUCAGAAUGGGCCAAAGGUUCAUUCCUUUUGAGACAGUCUCAGAAUGGGCCAAAGGUUGAUUCCUUUUCAGACAGUCUCAGAAUGCCUGUGAAAAGCCCCGAGAACAGUUCUGACAGCCCUGAGAUCCCUUGGGCUCGAGCAGGUUCAUUCCUUUUGAGACAGUCUCAGAAUGGGCCAAACGCUGAGUUCCCUCAGUCACAAGUGGUAACACGCACCUGGGCUUAUUCAAAUUUCAAUAGUACAUGGAUUACGAAAUCAAUUAGAAUCGACGCGGCUGAACGUACAGGGUUGAUUCCUUUUGAGACAGUCUCAGAGUGGGCCAAAGGUUGA